AUGGCCAGCGCUAUUAAGAAAAGUGGUCUACGACAACGGAAAAGCCAACGACAGAUCCUCACAUGCACAGAAUGUGCCCGGAGGAAACAAAGAUGUUCUAAGAAUGUUCCAUGCACUUCGUGUGUGGACCGCGGCAUUGCGGAUGCAUGUUGUCGCGAAGAAUCAGGUCCUGCUCGCGGUCUGCCUGGUUCGUCCUUGGAGCCCCGACUGACCACGGCCGAGACGACUCAGUUCCCGAGGGUUGUACCCGGAGCCGCCAUUCCAACAGAGACGGAUCCCCGAAACCAAGUACAGUCUGCAUCUUUACACCACAAUACUCGUCAAUCUUCCGCUGCCAGCCUUGACGGCAGCAGUGAGCACUUUACUAGCCUGUCUGCAAGUGAAGCCAAUGUUGGCAGUGCAGAUGGCCAGGCUGCAGCAAGCGACAGAGCAGACGGAAGCGGUAUCAUGAACGAGACUGUUGUUACUUUGGAGUUCCUUACUCAUGGCCGGCAGAACAUUCUAAACUCAAACUCUAAUUAUGAGUUGUCAGAUGAUUUGUCAGACGAAAAUGAGUACCAACCAUCCAGUGAAGGGCCGAUAGCCUGGGAUACGAUCCUCUCUCCCGAGGAAGUACGCAGCCUGCUGUUGUUCCAUCAGGAAAACCUGGCAUGGAUGCACAAUGUUGUGCAUAUGCCAUCGUUUAUAUCUGAAUUUGAGAUGAGCCUCACACGACCGGCUAAUGCCUGUUGGAGGGCAUUGUAUUAUGCAAUCCUUAGUACAACUUUCUAUCAUGCAAGCGAGGCUCAAUUGGCAGAACUUGGCAUUGAAUGCACUGAAACUUUGCAAGCCGGCAGAGUCCUUCAUGACAAAAGUAUGCAAUGUCUAUACGAGGGGAAUUUCACUUCUAAGCAUAACAUCUUCUCCGCGCAGGCCAUCUGUGUCCUUUUGCAGAUAUCCCACAACAUUGACCAGUCCGAUAUGAUUUCUGUGCUUGUGGCUGCAGCAAUCAAGAUCUGCCAAUGCCUUAACAUGCAUCGCCUUGGACCGGAUCGGGAAGACCUCACUCUUCAAAUGACCUUAGAUGCUGCGAGUCGAUACUUGAUUAAAAGAGAGGUCAAGAAACGAGUGUGGUGGUUUCUUAUCAGACAGGACUGGCUGCAGAUACCGUUCCAAAACACAUACCUCGUGCAUGCAUCGCAAUUCAACAGUCCCAUGCCUAUUAACUGCUUUGAUGAACCAGAGCUUAUGAUCAGAGAUGGAAAGGUCGUGUCACAACCCGAUGACGUGUAUACACAAAAUAGCUACUCCAGCCCAAUCAACCACAUUGCUGUCAUUAUUUGGAAACACCAGGAUCGUAUGUGUCAAGUUGGGCAUCCCAGUAAAAGCCCCGAUAACAUAUUGAAACUAUAUGACCAGGUCAUUUGGGCAGACCAGGGCCUUAAGCGUGUACUUAGAGAACUUCCCGACUUCUUGAACCCAUUGUCGACCCACAGCAAUGAUCUCUUACCGCCGUUGAUAAAGCAACAGGCACAUGUUGGGCUGCUAUCAAUGGCGCACAAGGUUCUUUCAGUACAUCGGCACUUUCAGCUCGAGAGCUUCAGGGAUCGACGUUUUGCUUUUACACAGUUAUCCUGCCUGAGUAUCGCCGAGCAGAGCAUAUUGAACGUGAAGUCCUGGACGGACAGUCCAUCAGCCAAUAUCACCCGCAGAAUGUGGACAGUCAUUACUCAUUUGACAACGUGUUGCGUUAUCCUGAUCUUUGCGUCGAUUUUUCGUGACGAAAACGCGCUAUUGUACGACGGCGAUAAAAUGCGUUGUCUUGCGGAGGCUGGACGUCGCUGCAUUGGUCUUGCUAUAUCGGCAAGCUCCAUUGCUAGAAGAAGCGCGCGCAUGCUCGAUGCGCUGCUUGAUUUGGAUAAGAAAGUGAGGUGCUCCUCAGAUAUACGAUACUUCAACGUGGAAGAUAUCAUCCGACGGGUGACUAGUGAUACGGAAGGUCAAUCUGCUAUAGUCACAGAACUGACCUCGUAUGCAUUGCCUUGGGACAUAGCAUCUUGGGAUAACAUGUUUGGUGGGGACGAGUCCUGUAUGACUUUUAGCUAG